UAAAACGUCAGCCGCGUUAGUUUUAUCCCUCAGAGGUUUCCGUAGCAGCAGGAAGUGGUCCCGUCGUCGCUCAGAGACCGUUCACUUGUCUCAUCGUCGGCACAUUUAUUAAGUAUAUUAAGAGCUUUUUUGAAGAGGUGGUGAUGGGUGACAUUCGUCAGUCGUUGCUGCCUCGGGAUGUGCUGAGUGCAGCCAAAGAGCUGCUGUAUCACCUGGACAUCUACAUCUGUAACCUGGUGCAGUCAGGGAGGCAGCCUCCUCAGGUCGACUCCAAAACCCAGGAGCUGGUGGAGGAGUUCAUCCUGCAUGCACCUAAGGACAGAAACACCCCAGGCAGGAGGAUGAGUGCUCUCCAGGAGCUCCAGCUCUUGGAGAUCAUGUGCAGCUGUUUCCAGGAACAGAGCCGCGACACUGUCCGUCAGCUUAUGUUUUCCGCUCUCUUUAGUCUCCAAGGCAACCAGGCAGAUGAAAGCCGCAUGGCGUUGUUAGGCAAGCUUGUCUCCAUGGCAAUCGCCGUGGGCAGGGUUCCAAUUUUGGAAUGUGCUGCUACCUGGUUACAGAGAACCCACCGCGUGUACUGCGUGCGCCUGGCUCAGGUGUUAGUAGACGACUACUGUAGUAUGUUGCCGGGCUCGGGGCCCACCCUGCAGAACAUCCACAGCGCCAGCCCACGCUUCUGCUGCCAGUUCAUCACUGCUGUCACCACCCUCUACGACCUCACCACAGAGGAGCUCACCCCUCCUUUAGAACUCCUCCAGAUGAUUGUGUCGUGGAUCCAAGAUGACCCUCGUCUCGUCCUAAUCAACUUCCUGAACACGCCCCUCUCCGGCAACCAGCCUAUCAGCUCACUGGAUGUCACACCAUUAGGAGGGUUGGUGCGCUGGUGUGUCAAAGCCCCCCUGGCCUACAGGGGAGACAAGAAGCAAGCAUUAACCAAUGGCACCACUGAGAGUGAGCCAGAGGUGGGGCCUCUGUUCUCUGCUCUCCAUCUGAGUGUCCUACAGGUCCUCAUGCUGUUACCCAACAUACUGAAUGAGAAGGGGCUCUUCGGUCGCCUGGCGCUGCUCCAGAUGGAGUCCCUGGCCGCACUGACCUCAGACCUCUCCAGGCUGUUGGACCAGGCCGACAAACAUACACACACGUCGUCCACAGACACGCGGGUGCUGUCUCAGCUGACCCUGGACCGGCUGGCACAGGCCCUGCAGGUGGCCAUGGCCAAUGGAGCGCUGCUCUGCUCCAGAGAGGACUUGAGAGCCAUCUGUUCCCGCCUGCCACACAACAAUUUGCUCCAGUUGGUGUUGUCUGGCCCGGUGAUGUACUACAACAACAUCCACACUCCUCCGAUGGCCUUCAGUCCGCACGCAGCUCAUUCCCCCAUCGCCUCUCACCCCACACACCCCACACACACCCCACACACCCCACACACACCUCUAGCCGCCCAUCCCUCCUCUCACCCUCAGUACCCCGCUCAGCCCUUCAUGACGGGCAUGCCGUUCCCCUUCCGACCCAGCCACUAAAACAAAUAAAAGUGUCUGCAGAUGUGAAGUUGUGUGUUUGUGUGCGUGUGUGUAUGUUAGGUAAUGAGUGUUGUCUGUUUGUUGCAGUGCAUGAAUGAAUGAAUGAAUGAAUGAAUGAAUGAAUGCAUGUGUGAGUGAUGCAUUAUGUUGUUAAUGAGCAGAUUUGCUUCAGCUGAAAGUCUGUUUGGUUAACAUGUUUGUCCAAUAAAUAUUUUUUUACCUCACAA